UUUAUGGCAUAUACAUUUGAACCACCUCGCCAUCUUCUCCGAUGAACAUCGAUGCAAAGGUUGUCCCCAUCCCCACCAAGAAUCGCUCGCGAUCAUCACUAUCAAGCUCGAGAAAGAAACGGAAACUCCACCGCCAUGGCUGGUGAAUCUCCAAGAAACGGACGGCGGACCGACGCCGACUGCAAAAGUGGAGACCUUGGCGAUUCUUGCUCCGGCGGGCACUGCGAUUUCGCGGACGGCGACGUGUUUCAGUACCUCGUAGUGAACCCGCACGGAGGAGGGGUCCAUGACUUGUUGAAGUACGGCGUGUGGAGGGACACGAAGAGUGGAGUGAAGUUCUUGGAGAGCUCGCAAAGGGGCGAAUUUGUGGGAGCGGUCGCCAGUGAUCACAGAUGGGUCAUAGUAGUUUCGAUCAUCGCGCGCAGGGUUAUCGCUUUCUUUGGGAAGCCCAUGGAGUGGACUGGUUUCUUGGUGGACUUCGUCGUCAAUCUCCUCUCCGAGAAUGAUGGCUUUCUUGGGUUGCUCCGCAAUUUCAUUCUUGGAGAUGUGAUAGUCCCACAUAGAGACUCAGAUAGAUUCAUCAGCACCAUCGGGCAUUUAGAUGGGAGAAUUGACCUUUACAAAGGCUUGAAUGUGCCAGACCAACAUGGUGACUCUGCAUUUGAAGAAAGCAUUGUGAAAGUGGAAUUGGGAAAUCGCACUUUGAUGGACCUCUGCAUCAUGGCGUCGAAGCUAGCAUACGAGAACGAAAAAGUCGUAAGAAAUGUGGUAGUUCAGCACUGGAAGAUGCAUUUUGUGGAUUUCUACAACUGUUGGAAUUAUUACCAAAUGGAAAGGUCGACUCAGGUGUUCAUAUUAUGCGACAAGCCUGUAGAUGCAAAUCUCAUACUAAUCAGCUUCAGGGGUACUGAACCUUUUGUUGCUGACGAUUGGUGUACCGAUUUCGAUUAUUCCUGGUAUGAGAUCCCGAAAUUGGGUAAAGUUCACUUGGGAUUCUUGGAAGCCUUAGGUUUGGGCAACAGAACUAAUAUGGUCACCUUCCGAGAGAACCUCCAAUUGGACAAGAAGAAGUUUGCUCUUGCAAAUGGCGCUGAUGCCUCUGACUUAGAAGCAUUAGCAAGCACCAGCAACAAUGGGUUUGGGCCAGAGAUGGCAGAGAUGUCUGCAUAUUAUGCCAUGAGAAGUAAGCUCAAGAGCCUACUUGAGGAGCACAAAAAUGCGAAAUUCAUAGUCACAGGACACAGUUUAGGUGGUGCCCUUGCCAUUUUGUUCCCAACAGUGUUGGUUCUGCAUGAGGAGAUGGAGGUAAUGCGGAGAUUGUUGGGCGUGUACACAUUUGGCCAACCGAGAGUUGGGGACAGGCAGCUCCAGAUGUUCAUGGAAGGGCAUUUGGACUAUCCCUACCCGAAAUACUUCAGAGUUGUGUACUGCAAUGACAUUGUUCCAAGGUUGCCUUAUGAUGAUCGAACUUUCUUGUAUAAACAUUUCGGUAUAUGUCUAUACUAUGAUAGCUGGUACACUGAGCAGAGAAUGGAGGAGGAACCAAACAGAAACUUCUUUGGUCCUAGAUACCUAAUUCCAGCAUAUUUGAAUGCCGUCUGGGAGUUGAUCAGAGGUUUAACAAUGGGCUACACACAUGGACCGGAGUACAAGGAAGGAUGGUUUUCCAUAUUGGUUAGGGUAGUAGGAUUGGUGCUUCCGGGAUUGUCCGCACAUUCCCCAACAGAUUAUGUCAACUCUGUGAGGCUUGGGAAGGAGCCAAUGUUCAAUUAAAUCAUCCGGAUGAAGCUUCUCAUACCAGUCCCGAGUUCGUGGUGGCAUGAGUGGUUGCAGGUAACAAUUUAUGGGGUCAGUUCAUCGUUUUGGCAUGUUCACCUAUAAAAUAAAGUGGCGAGGGCAGAGUUAUGCUGGAAUGAGCUCCUUGGAGUUGUUCGCUAUCUUUUUGUUCUACGAAUUCUGGUUUGGGGUGUAACUGCAACUUAGUUUCAGUUUCAGAACAAAAAUAAAAAUCUACACGGAGCUUCCAGUUCAGUUUCCAUCUUGAACCACGAUAAGUUGUCUAUGAAUGAUCAUACACGGUAUUUAGUUUUGGCAGAACAUCCCCUAUUAUUUCAACUGCCGCUCAAAUUCUACAGCGCGACACUAGAAAGUUGUGAACUUGUCACAGGGAGGCCACCUAGUUUAGACAUUCUUAGUUAGUUUGUAUCUCCUUGUCAAUGUGAGGUUGUCUGUCCUGAAAAUGUGUUUCAGUGCAGUUGAUCAAUGGCCUUAAGAGCUCAGUUGUGUCA